AUGGACGACCGUCCACACAAGGCCCAUCGCCCAGCCCAGUCAGGCGCAAAGGCUGAAAAGAAAAGCAAAGGGAAGGGAAAGGAAAAACAACAUGGAUUCAACGAAAAGGCUUUUGCGCCUAAAUCAGGUCGUCGAGCAGACCGGCAAGGCAGACGAAAUGUUGAGCGAGACCAAACACGCUUACAUGUCCCCCUCGUUAACCGAACACCUGACGACGAGCCUCCACCAGUAAUUAUAGCCAUCGUUGGUCCCCCAGGAGUCGGCAAAACGACCUUACUGAAGAGCCUUGUCCGGCGGUAUACCAAACAAAUGUUAAACGACGUCAAAGGUCCCGUCACUGUUGUCAGUGGCAAGAAACGCCGUCUCACCUUUAUUGAAUGCAACAACGACCUGAACAGUAUGAUCGACAUUGGGAAAAUCGCCGACCUCGAAACAUUCGAAUUCCUCAACAUCCUCCAAUCUCACGGCUUCCCAAAAGUAAUCGGCGUCCUCUCCCACCUGGACCUAAUCAAAAAGGCUGCCACUCUCCGUUCCACCAAAAAAGCCCUCAAAAAGCGGUUUUGGACAGAAAUCUACCAGGGCGCAAAGCUGUUCUAUCUGUCUGGAGUCCUUAACGGGCGGUACCCCGACACUGAAAUUAUGAACCUCUCCCGCUUUAUCAGCGUCAUGAAAUUCCGCCCCUUAGUCUUCCGCAACUCUCAUCCAUAUCUCCUUGCAGACCGUCUAGAGGAUCUGACGCCUCGAGAACUCGUUCGGACUUCCAAAGGUAAAUGCGAUCGGACGGUAACAGUCUACGGCUACGUGAGGGGAACAAACCUCCGUCAAAGUCACAAAGUCCAUAUACCAGGUGUUGGAGACCUCGAUAUACAGGACAUAACAGUGCUAGGCGAUCCUUGCCCCUUACCAAAUGAGAGUUCGGAAAAGAGGCGCAAGUUGAGUGAGAAAAAGAAGCUGCUCAUCCAUGCUCCCAUGAGCGAUGUCGGUGGGGUGAUCUACGACAAGGAUGCUGUGUGGGUGAAUGUUCCUGGUAGUUUCACGCGUGGAAAUACAGAUGUUCCACAAGGCGAAGGCGAGCAAAUGGUGAUGGAUCUGCAAGAUGUCAACAACACCCUCGAAGAUGCUGUCGCCAAAUCUCAAAUCCGGUUGUUCGGCACUUCUUCACAAAAUCUCACUGUCGAAGAUGAAAAGGGUGGCAUUAGUGGGGAGGAGUCUGAUGAAGAGGAAUAUAGUGAUGAGGAGGAUGAAGAAGAAGGUGAUGAUGAGGAGGAUGAGGAGGACGAAGGGGAUGAGGACGACAAAAAGGAACGUCAAGAUGUUGAAUACGCCGACAGCGAUUCCGAUCUUGGCGGAGACGACGUCGACGAGGAGGAUGGGCGGGUCCGAUUUAAUGGUGAAGAUCAAGAUCAAGACAUUCCCAAGGGAGAAGAAGGGGAGUCAAUACCGAAAUGGAAGCUAAACCUAUCCGAACGAGCUCAAAAAUCCACCUCCCUUUCUCGGAAAGCCUGGCUGAAAGAUUGGACGAAGCUCAUAUACUCGACCAACCUUACUCCCGAGGAGAUCAUUGGCGACAAAAGAGAGGAGGACCAGGAAGAGGAUGACAAGAUGGAGAUGGACGAAGACGACUUCUUCAAGAUCAAGAAGACAUCGUCUGAUAAUGCCGAAGAGCUGGAUAUGAGCAACGACCCCGUUGAUCCUGAGGAGUUGAAGAAGUGGGAGGAUGAAGAUAUGUUAGAAUCAAUACGGCAUCUCUUCAUUACAGGCGGGGAUGUCGAUGCAGAACAAGGUGACGGUGGACUUGACGAACAAGGCGAGGAUGCAGACGCGGACGAAAACGAAAACGACGAAGACAGCAAUGCCCCAAAACCCUCCUCAUCCGACCCCGAGUCCACACGAGCAGCAGCCUUAGCCGCCAAGAAAGAAGCUCUCAAGCGCAAGUUUGAUGAACAAUACGACGAUCCCGAGUCCUCCAAACUCGACUUUUACACGGAGAAAAAGGACGAGAUGGCGCGCCAACUCGCCUUGAACCGUGCAGAGUUUGAAGGUGUUGACGCUGAAUCGCGUGCCUUGGUUGAGGGCUACCGUCCAGGAUCCUAUGUCCGCAUAGAGCUCGCCAACGUCCCUGCCGAGCUUAUCGAGAACUUUGAUCCUACAUACCCCAUCAUCGUCGGUGGGCUGCUCGCAGCCGAAGAAAGGUUCGGAUACGUCCAAGUCCGUAUAAAACGACACAGGUGGUACAUCAAGACACUCAAAACCAAUGACCCCCUCAUCUUCUCUCUCGGUUGGCGUCGAUUCCAAACUAUCCCUAUAUACUCACUUGACGACCACUCUAUACGGAUGCGCAUGCUUAAAUACACCCCAGAGCACAUGCACUGCUACGCUACAUUCUAUGGGCCUGUGUCACUUCCUAACACCGGUUUCUGCGCGUUCAACUCGCUCUCAGGGGAUACCCCCGGUUUCAGGGUCACUGCUACAGGGGUGGUGCUCGACAUCGAUCGCUCAGUGAAGAUUGUGAAGAAACUCAAGUUGACUGGGGUGCCGUAUAAGAUCUUCAAGAACACGGCGUUCGUUCGGGAUAUGUUUUCAUCUGCGUUGGAAGUGGCGAAGUUUGAAGGGGCCAAUAUUCGUACUGUGUCCGGUAUCAGAGGCCAAGUGAAGAAAGCUCUCCCUAAGCCUGAUGGCGCGUUCCGAGCAACCUUUGAAGAUAAGGUCCUCAUGAGCGACAUUAUAUUCCUCCGGGCAUGGUACUCAAUCCAACCUAGGAAAUUCUACAACCCCGUCACUUCACUUCUCCUCUCCAACAAGGCUGACUGGACAGGCAUGCGACUAACCGGUCAAGUCAGACGAGACGAAGGCAUUAAAACACCCUUGAACGUCAACUCAACAUACAAGCGCAUCGAACGCGCUCCCCGUCGCUUCAAUCCCCUCAUCGUGCCUAAAAAACUCCAAGCCUCCCUCCCCUACGCAUCCAAACCCAAACUAAUGAAACCACAACAAAACCAGACCUAUCUCCAAAAACGCGUUGUUGUGAUGGAGCCGGAGGAGAAAAAGGCCGUGGCACUUCUACAGCAGAUACGGGCGUUGAGGAAGGAUCAGGUGGUGAGGAGGAAAGAGAAGAAGGUUGAGAAGAAGGCGGAGAGGCAGAAGAAGUUGGCGAAGGAGGAGGAGAGGAAGGGGGAGAAGGAGAAGGAAAGAAGGAAGGAGGCGAUGAGGGCCGCGGGGCAGAAGAGUAAACGCGAAGCUGAUAUGGAAGAUGGUCGGGGAAGGAGUAAACGGCGGAAGACUUGA